AUGAACGAAGAAAGCCCUAAUUUUGUUGUUUCUUGGUUUCGGAUCACUUAUCAUUUUUGUAUCAGUAAAUUGUAGUUUCUGUUGGAUUCUUAUGUUAGUCAUUUUCCUGUUGCCACUCUUCUGCAGAAGAAAUGAUGGCAUGGGUCGCUUUGCCAAUCGCAACAUUCACUUGUGCUCUGUAUUGUCUGGAUUUAAUUGUAGAUGCAAAUUGGAUUCAUGUGUUGGUGAUCGCUGUAGGUGUUUUAUCUCUUUACCAAUUUUCAUGAUUUGACCUGCUUUAAAUCAUGUCUCCUUAUGCCAAUUUAAGGAAUCAGUCCCACCAUUUGCCAGAUAAAAAGUAGCAGUUGGGACUUCAUGAAAGUAUGUGGGAUAACCUGUUCAAGGAGACUUGUAACUCCUAAUGAAUACUUCACUUCAUGAUUCUUAAAGAUCAGAUUGGGGACUGGGGUUCUGUCACGUUGGGUAGAUUUAUGCCUUCAGAUGUGGUUCUUCGUCGUGGUUUAACCAUGAAAUGCUGUGUCGUAGCUAACUAAGCUUCCCUGCAAGUAGUAUUGGAUAUAAAAGAUGGCAGAUGGUGAAGAUAUUCAGCCUCUCGUGUGUGACAAUGGAACUGGAAUGGUUAAGGCUGGUUUUGCCGGAGAUGAUGCCCCGAGGGCCGUCUUUCCAAGCAUCGUGGGUCGACCUCGUCAUACGGGUGUGAUGGUUGGUAUGGGCCAGAAAGAUGCAUAUGUCGGAGAUGAGGCUCAAUCCAAACGAGGUAUUUUAACCCUGAAAUAUCCCAUUGAGCAUGGUAUUGUGAGCAACUGGGAUGACAUGGAGAAAAUUUGGCACCACACUUUCUACAACGAGCUUCGUGUGGCACCAGAAGAACAUCCUGUUCUUCUUACCGAGGCGCCUCUUAACCCCAAGGCCAAUCGUGAGAAGAUGACCCAGAUCAUGUUUGAGACCUUCAAUGCUCCAGCUAUGUAUGUUGCCAUCCAGGCUGUUCUGUCUCUUUAUGCUAGCGGUCGAACAACGGGAAUUGUGCUCGACUCCGGUGAUGGUGUCAGCCAUACAGUCCCUAUCUACGAAGGUUAUGCGCUCCCACAUGCAAUCCUUCGUCUAGACCUUGCUGGUCGCGACCUCACUGAUGCUCUCAUGAAGAUUUUGACCGAGCGUGGUUACUCCUUCACUACCACUGCUGAGCGUGAAAUUGUUCGCGACAUCAAAGAGAAAUUGGCAUACAUUGCUCUUGAUUAUGAGCAGGAGUUAGAGACGGCAAAGACCAACUCAUCCGUGGAGAAAAAUUAUGAGCUGCCUGAUGGGCAGGUUAUCACCAUUGGUGCUGAGAGAUUCCGUUGUCCUGAAGUCCUUUUCCAGCCAUCCAUGAUCGGGAUGGAAGCUGCAGGCAUACAUGAGACGACAUACAACUCCAUCAUGAAAUGUGAUGUGGACAUAAGAAAGGAUUUGUAUGGAAACAUUGUCCUGAGUGGAGGAUCCACCAUGUUCACAGGCAUUGCCGACAGGAUGAGCAAAGAGAUCACUGCGCUGGCUCCAAGCAGCAUGAAGAUUAAGGUGGUUGCUCCCCCGGAAAGGAAGUACAGUGUUUGGAUUGGUGGAUCUAUCUUGGCAUCCCUUAGCACUUUCCAGCAGAUGUGGAUUGCAAAAGCAGAAUAUGAUGAGUCCGGUCCUUCCAUCGUGCACAGAAAGUGCUUCUAGAUCUUCUAUCGAUAGGCAAUAAGGUGGUCAACAACAUAAAUGGAAGGAGUAGUUCAGUAUUCUCAAUUUGGAACUUGCUUGUAUGAUGGUCUGGACAAUGAUGUGAGAUGCUGUUCUUCCUCGACCAAAUAUGCAACCAUCUUCAUUCUCUUGA